AUGGCUGCUUCCGCUCCCAACCUCUUUAGCUUUGCGAAUAACGAUGCUUUGGCCCAGCAACUGCGGCCUUACGUGCUCCGCAUCCAGAACUCAGCCCUGAGCCGUCACGAUACUUUCCGCGUUGCCGUCUCGGGUGGCUCCUUGCCCAAGGUGCUGGCGCAGGCUCUCCUCUCGCCUGGAAAUGGAUCUCAGGAAGAUACUGCCCAGUUCUCCAAGUGGGAAAUCUUCUUCGCCGAUGAGCGCGCCGUACCCCUCGACCACGAGGACAGCAACUACCGUUUGUUGAAGGAUGAACUACUCGAUAAGAUCCCAGCGGAGCUUGGUGCCCCCAACGUGCAUACGAUCGACCCCGCCCAUGUCAACGAUGAGGACCCCCAGGAGCUGGCAGACUUGUACCAGGAGGAGCUCAUGCGCUCUUUUGCGGCCAAGGACAGCGUGAAGCUGCCCGUGUUCGACCUCAUCCUCCUGGGUUGCGGACCCGAUGGUCAUACCUGCAGCCUCUUCCCAGGCCACGAGCUCCUGCGGGAGAAGGAUGCUUGGACGGCAGCCAUCAGCGAUUCGCCCAAGCCGCCCUCGAAGCGCAUCACCCUUACUCUGCCGGUGGUCACGCACGCUCUCAACAUCGCGUUCGUUGCGACUGGGGGUGGAAAGAAGGAAAUCAUGAAGCAGAUCUUUGAUGCUGAGGAAGGAAGGGAUCUGCCAUCCUCGCUGGUCAACCAGGGUGCCGGUGAAAGAGUGAGCUGGUUCACUGACCAUGCGGCUGUAGAGGGCGUCGCUUUCCCGAGACGUGGCAGCUUGUAG